CAUCACAGCUACCUCAAGCACGCGCCACCUUCAGCGGUCCAAUCGCAGGCAAGCGGACUGCCUUAACAACGUUUCGUUUCCCCAUCACUUCCGGGCUGGUAACAAGGGCCAUUGAUGCCUGCAGAUUUUCAUAAAAAUAUCUUAGUUUAAUAAAUACAUUGGCGCCAUUGCUGUGAUGUUUUGGGAGUGAUAUGGUCACAAAGCCUACAAAUGAGGUUGGUGUAUUGACAAAAUUCUUCCAAGAGACGCGGGAAUAGCGGAUGAUGGUGAGGUGAGCUGACUCUAAAACCGUGCUGUGUCUGUCAGUCCAUCCGUCAAGCGGCUCUAUCAGAGGAACCACCAGUGCAUGAGAAGGAACACAAUCAGUUUUCGAAAGAAGUGUUGGGGUGUAUCCCUCACACUUCCUGCCCCACCCACCUCAACUCAGGCUCCACCCCGUGACCCUUGACCCCUGACAUCAAGAUGAAACUAAAAGAGGACAUGAACCCACUGCUGCUGCAGGUCUUCCGCUCGGUUGUCUGGGUCUACUCGGUCAUCACCUUCCUGCCCUGGUACCUGCUCUCGGGCGCUGGAGCCAACCUAGACCGGGCGCGGCGGGUCAAGGCGCGGUCAGUGAGUGGUCGCCCGGCGGGCCCUUACCGGGCGACCAACCAUGAGGAUGGUAGCCAGCAGAAGCUGGUGUCUUCCUUGCACCCAGGAGUGGACACCCUGGACAAGGUGAUGGAGUAUGGAGCGGCCAGGUUUCCAGAGAGGAACUGCCUGGGCACGAGAGAGGUGCUGAGCGAGGAGGACGAGCUCCAACCCAACGGGAAGGUCUUCAAGAAGGUGAUCCUGGGGGAGUAUCAGUGGAUGUCGUAUGAGGAGACCUACCAGGCAGCUGUGUGUUUUGGCAGUGGGCUGGCCGCGCUGGGCCAGAGGCCUCAGUGUAACAUCGCCAUCUUCUGUGAGACCAGGGCCGAGUGGAUGAUAGCAGCACAGGCCUGCUUCAUAUACAACUUCCCAUUGGUGACGUUGUACUCUACUCUGGGCGGAGCGGCCAUCGCCCACGGUCUGAACGAGACUGAGAUCACCCACAUCAUCACCAGCAAAGACCUGCUACACAGCCGUCUCAAGGACAUUCUGUUGGAGGUGCCUCGGCUGCAGCACAUCAUCGUGGUGGACAGUAAGCCAACCAGUUUGCCCGGCUUCCCCCGCGGCAUCAUGGUCCACAACAUGGACGCCGUGCAAGAGCUGGGCUCCAGACCCGACAACAUGGCGGUGGCGCGCCAGCGGCCGGUGCCCUCUGACAUCGCUGUCAUCAUGUACACCAGCGGCUCCACGGGCAUCCCCAAGGGCGUCAUGAUCUCCCAUAGCAACAUCAUCGCGGGCGUCACAGGCAUGGCAGAGCGCAUCCCAGACCUGGAUGAGACAGACACCUACAUUGGGUACCUGCCGCUGGCCCAUGUUCUGGAGCUGAGUGCAGAGAUGGUGUGCAUCUCUCACGGCUGUUGCAUCGGAUACUCCUCCCCACAGACGCUAGCAGACCAGUCGACUAAGAUUAAGAAGGGCAGUAAAGGAGACACCAGUGUUCUAAAACCUACACUCAUGGCUGCUGUACCGGAGAUCAUGGACCGGAUCUAUAAGAAUGUGAUGACCAAGGUGGAGGAGAUGAGCAGUGUGCAGAGAACCCUCUUUGUGUUGGCCUACAACUAUAAGAUGGAACAGAUCACCAAGGGCUACAAGACCCCGCUCUGUGACAGUCUGGUGUUUAGGAAAGUGCGCUCGUUGUUGGGGGGUCACAUGAGGGUGCUGUUGUCGGGCGGAGCGCCCCUCUCCGCCGCCACCCAGCGCUUCAUGAACAUCUGCCUCUGCUGUCCCGUGGGCCAGGGCUACGGCCUCACCGAGACCUGCGGCGCUGGCACCAUCAGCGAGAUGUGGGACUAUAGCACAGGCCGGGUCGGCGCUCCUCUGAUCUGCUCCGAGAUCACCCUCAAGGACUGGGAGGAGGGCGGUUACUACAGCACAGACAAGCCACACCCGAGAGGGGAGAUUGUAAUCGGCGGGCCCAACGUGACUAUGGGUUACUACAAGAACGAGGUGAAGAACCGCGAGGACUUCUUCGUGGACAGCAACGGCCAGCGCUGGUUCUGUACAGGAGACAUCGGGGAGUUUCACCCAGACGGGUGCCUCAAGAUUAUCGACCGUAAGAAGGACCUGGUGAAGCUCCAGGCUGGGGAGUAUGUAUCUCUGGGGAAGGUGGAGGCCAUGCUGAAGAACUGCCCUUUCGUAGACAACAUCUGCGCCUACGCAAACAGUGACCAGUCGUACGUGAUUGGCUUCGUGGUGCCCAAUCAGAAGCAGUUGAUGGCGCUGGCGGAGCAGAGAGGGUUACGGGGCAGCUGGGAGGAGAUCUGUAACAACCCUGACAUGGAGAGAGACGUUCUCCACAUCAUCACAGAGGCCGCUCUGUCAGCCAAACUGGAGCGCUUUGAGAUCCCUAGGAAGAUCCGCCUUAGUGCAGAGCCCUGGACCCCGGAGACUGGCCUGGUGACCGACGCAUUCAAGCUCAAACGCAAGGAGCUCAAAUCACACUAUCAGGAAGACAUCGAGAGAAUGUACGGCGGAAAGUAACACGCAAACAGACACAGCCCCCCCCCCCUUCCCAAGACAAAACCCAGGGGGGCCAAGCCAGUAGGAGCAACAUCAGUUGCUUGUCUACGUCAAAAGUUUUUGGGGUCUGUGUGUUGCUAUGACGACGCUGGCAUCAUGGCGUGACUCGGUCCGAGACACGGAAAAUGACACGUUAGUCUUGUCCCACUUCUCCGCUCCUCUCCUUUUUUUCCUUCCCUUCUCUCUCCUAUCCUCCGUCUAGCAUGGUCUUUGGCCUCUGUGUGUAGUCCAGACACCUGAUAGUAGAAAGGAUGGUUUUUGUGUGAAUGUGGCCUGGAUCGUGUUCAUUAGGCAUCAAAUGGAAGAAAACUGACUGAAACAGGGAAGGGACUACCUGAACUUGUCCAACAAGAAACGUUUUGCUAUGUUGUGCACUAAUGAAUACGACUCUGAAAAAUGAGGCCCUUCAGUUUAAGCGUUCCACAUCCAGGUUUGAAUCUAUGCAGGGAUCUCUUUUAUUGUGUAAAUGUUUUGGGAUGUGGUGAUGUUUUGUUCAUGUUUCCUUAUUUUUCUUUCUUUAACGUAAUCGGUUUGUCUUGGUUCGUUUCCGAAACCUAUUCGAUGAACAUCUUGUGUCUGAGAGAAAUCAGUGUUUUGCGAAACCAUGAGAUUUUGGAAUGCGACUCACAUUUUUAAUUUGCUUUCCUUAUUUGUUAUAUUUUUCUGAAUGGUUUGUUUCUCAUUUAUCUGUUACCAAACUGACAUUUCAACAAAAAAAUGUUUUCCUCUUUUCUUCAAAUUUUUUUUUUCAUGUGAAUUUCCUAAAUUCUUCUCCCUCAUCUGCCUCUAUGUCCUGAAGGUUGCUUCUAUUCUAUGGAAGAGUAUGUGUUUACUGACUUGACUAGAUUAAGUCCUAUGUCACUCUGUUACAGUGUGCCAGUGAUGGAAUCUCCUCCCUGCUCUGUGCCCCUGUGUGUGGCUAUGGGCUGAUGUGAUGUGCCUGGAAUGGCUGGAGGAACCUGUUUCUCGUAAUGUAGCCUGAUCCUGGAUCGGUUUGUACUUUAGCCACCUCCUCUGACUAUUUGUGGGAUGUCAUGAUUUGACCAAGGCAAGAAAUGAUCUGGGACCAGGUUAGUAAUGAUGGUGAGCUGUCCAGGGGGGCUACAGGGAAGUAGGAUGCAGUUGCCCCGUAAAGCUGAUCGAAGUUUAGUUUCUCUUACCUGUGGUUGAGGCUAGGAUGGGGAGAGGACAAGCUGAUCCUUGAUCUGUGCCUAAAGGGCAACUUCUCAGCAUGUGACACCAAUCCUACUGAGACCCUUAUUCAUUUCUAUUCUGUCACUUAACCAGUAGGAGGCAGUCUGCCACUGGUUCAUCUUUUAAUCUGUAUAAUAAUGUCCAGAUUUAAAGGGGGGUGUAUGUGUGCAUGUGUGGUUUGUGCGUGUGCUGAUGUUUGGGUGUGUGUGUGUGUGCGUUCUCUGACCCUGAGCUUGUUCCAAGUUCCCUAUGUCUCUGUGAAGCCCGCUGCAUGCCCACCCCACCUGACCUAGUCUGUUACCUUUCAAUGUUUCUUCCAGCAAAACGAUGUUACGUACACAGUAUCCUGCUAAACCAGGUCUGUGGCUCCAUAAACCAUGUUAUCACCUGAACUAUCUGGUUCCAUAAACCACGUGGAUUGUCUUUAUCGAAAUUGGCCUAAACCUGCCAUUUUACUCCAUGAAAUGAUGACCUAUGUACCGCAUGGAUGUCUCUAGGAGAACCAAUGAAUCCCAGUCCAGAUCUGUAGCUGUUUGCCUUUUUAGUUGCUGUUUGGCAGACUGUGUGAUUGUGUCAUCCAACGAUAGUCCUAUCUACUCUGAAAUCCCUGUUCGUAUUACAGUAAUGCAUUGUCCUAUUUCUUUGUCAUAGCUCUAGCUACUGUUACUAUUAUUGAUGAAAUAUGAAAUGCAGAUUGAAUGUGCAAUAUUUAUACGAAAUGCAAAUUCUAAAACUAAAGUAUGUAAAGGAAAAAUGCACAGAGAGAGAGAGAGAGAGCCCCUUCACAGUGUAUGAAUGUGUGGGUACCGGCCUGUCUCUUUCCAAUUAAAUGUACAAAGAAAACCUAGAGAAGGACAGGCGGACGGACAGAAAACAUUGUUGCAGAAGUAGUAACAUAUAGCCUCUUUAUGGUGUGACAGUAGUGCCAACAGAAAUUUAAUCUGAAUUCAAUCAUCUUGAAUUCAUUCAAAUCUGUUGGCAGUAAUAUGACUCCAUACUUAUUUUUCUGUAUUGUGAAAGUACUGUACCAAUUAUAGUAAUGAAGACUAAUAUUUUGGCCUUGUAAAAGAAAAAUACAAUGGUGAAGAAUAAGGCACUACAGGUGAACAGAUUUAGGUCUCCAGGAAGUUAUUUGGGAUGCAUGAUUCCUGCACUAUAUACAUUUGUGACGUAUAAUGUAUUCAGAAAUAAAAUACAAGAUGAAAAGUCAUGCAUAAAGUCAUGCGGGCAAUUCCAUAUGAGAUUUACCCAAAGAUAUGUAAUCCUUGGAAAGGUACUUUGGGGUAAGGAGGUUUGGCGUACCUUUUAAAGUUGAAAUCAUUGAUUUUGAAGUUGGAAAGUUCAUGACAUUUUGGCUUUACCCAGGCCUUUUGAAGAUAUGACCCAUUUUAUAAAUGAAUUGACAUUAUAGGCCAUUAACCAACUGUGCGAAUCACCAGCAGAGUUCUGAAUCCGUAACCACAUUAACUGUGUUGGUGCUCCAGAAAUAUAUCAUCAUUUCAAAAGUAGCAGAGCGACCACUCUGGAAAUGUUAUGUACUUGUAGAGUAUAUUGUUUUUAAACAAUAUCCAAUACGGAACGAAAUUAAAAAGGGUACUUUUGAGACAUUUACGAUAAGGCCCGGGUAAGGCCAAAAUUUCACACAUUUCCCAACUUUUAGUGAGUUAUUUCUCUAAUUAUUUUGGAUACAGAUGUCAAUGGUAUGCCAGACAAAAUGAUGUUUUUAUUGAUUUCAUUUCAGGAAGAUUAAAAGCGUCAUAAAUAUC